UCUAAUUUACCUAUAUAUCAACACCAUGCAGGGAGAGCACCGGUUUUUUGGUUUUGGUAAAUGGGAAAGUCGACGUCGUCGCUCCUUCUGCAUUCCAAACUCUUCUUUUUCUUCUCUCUCCUUUCUCUCUCUUUCACGCUCUUCCUCUUGUUCAACCCAUCCUCCCUUCCCAGGAGAUGCAUCCCCGUCAGAUUUCUGCCGUCGGAUCUUAUCCAGCACCCUCUCUUCUUCUACCCGACUUCCUAUGGAGAGCACAAGUACGCAAUCCCGACCGUCCGUUCCUCAUGCACCAUCUCCGUUCCGUUCCAGAAUUACAUGGUGGUGUUCAGAGAGUUUCAGGAUUCCAUGAGGAAUUCCACUCUCUCUGAAGAAAAGAGAAGAUUGAGAUAUCUCUCGGAGAACCGGAGCACGUUCGCAGGGAAUUUUAGCACCAAGGAAAGAAGAAGUUUCUUUAGUUUCAAUGAGGGGCAGAGGGAGAUCCCAUGUGGGUUCAUGAAGGAUUUCAUGUUGAGUAACUCUGAUAGAAUGGCCAUGGAAAAUUGCAGAGGAUUGGUGAUUGUGUCUGCAAUCUUCAACAACCACGACAAGAUUCGACAGCCAAAAGGGUUGGGGACCAAGACCUUGAGGACUGCAUGUUUCUUCAUGUUUGUCGACGACAAAACAAUAGAAGGGCUCAAAGUUCACAAUAUCGUGCUAAAUAAAACAGGGGAAACUAAGAUUGGUGUCUGGAGGAUAGUGAAAGUGUUACAGGAGCUACCCUAUCAAAAUCCAGCAAUGAACGGGGUGAUACCCAAACAUCUGGUUCACAGGCUUUUCCCUAAUGCCCAUUACAGCAUCUGGGUUGACGCAAAGAUACAGUUGACAGCAGACCCCUUGCUUUUGCUCCAUUCUUUGCUCAUUUCAAAGGAUGCUGAUAUGGCUAUUUCAAACCACCCAUUCAACAUUCAUACCAUGGAAGAAGCAAUGGCGACCUCGAGGUGGAAGAAGUGGGGAGAUAUCCAAUCUUUGAGGGAACAGAUGGAAGCAUACUGUGAAAAUGGAUUGCAGCCAUGGAGCCGCAAAAAGCUCCCCUACAGAACUGAUGUUCCAGACACUGCCUUAAUUCUACGGAAGCAUGGAAUCAGAAACAAUUUGUUCUCCUGCCUACUAUUUAACGAGUUGGAAGCUUUUAAUCCAAGGGACCAGUUGAGUUUUGCCUAUGUAAGGGACCUCAUGAAGCCCAGAAUCAAAAUGAACAUGUUUGAAGUCGAAGUCUUCGAACAGAUAGCAAUGGAAUAUCGGCAUAAUAUAAAGAAGGGUGAGGGUGCGUCCUAUGCUGUUAAGUCAAAAAUGGCAAGCACAAAGGAUAUCGAUGGCAGCAAGUGUGAAAAGUACUUGGCAGAGAUGUGGGCAGAUUCCCACGAUUAAGACUCGUUAAGGCCAAGGAAAAAUGAGAAGAUACAUUCAUCAGUAAACACGGCCAGAGAAGGGGGGAGAAAGAGAGAGAGAGAGAGAGAGAGAGAGAGAUUCUUAGAAGAUAGAGAUUGAUGGAGAACACUACCUCAAGAAGCAGAUUGUGCAAGAAAGUCAAGUUAAAAGAUCAGAUUUCCGAGAGACAUAAGAGACGCAAUAGGAAAGAUGAUAUGUAUAUUUUUAUGUAUAGAAAGCAGGUAGUAUUUUUUGUUUGUGGAAAAAAAACAAUAAGUGCCCGUAGUUGAUAAGAAGAUCCAUUGUUUGGAAUAUAAAAGUUUGGAUUCAUUCUUUUUACA